AUGACGCCUCUACCAAAGACCUACAAAGUCGCUGUGUUCGAGAAGAAAGAUGCACCUCUCACAAUCAAAGACGUCGAGCUCAAGCAACCCUCUCAGGGCGAAGUUCUGGUCAAAGUCAAAGCUGUAGGAGUCUGCCAUUCCGAUGCUGGUGUGCAAGCUGGAGCUUUCGGGAACUCGUUCCCAAUCAUACCUGGACACGAGAUCGUGGGAGAUAUUGCAGCAGUUCCAGAUACUGAGAAGAGAUGGAAGGUCGGAGACAGAGUUGGGGGUCCAUGGCAUGGAGGUCAUGACGCCGUCUGCAAGCAAUGUCAGCGAGGACAAUUCCAAAUGUGCCAAAACGGUGCCGUCAAUGGUGUAUCCCGAGAUGGUGGAUAUGGAGAAUACGUACUCCUGCGAACUGAAGCCGUCGUCAACGUCCCCAAAGACGUCGAUCCCGUCGAAAUCGCACCAAUCCUCUGCGCGGGCAUCACCGUCUUCAACUCCAUUCGAAAGCUCAAGAUCACCCCGGGAGAUAUCGUCGCUGUUCAAGGACUCGGUGGUCUCGGUCAUUUGGCCGUACAAUACGCGAACAAGAUGGGCUAUCGAGUCGUGGCUCUGAGCUCUGGUGAUAAGAAGAAGGAUUUUGCACACAAAUUGGGAGCCCAUGAAUACAUCAAUACUUCGGAAGAUGAUCCAGCAAAGAAGCUGAUGGAAAUGGGAGGUGCAAGCUUGAUUGUCUGCACCGCACCAAAUCCCAAAGCUAUUAGUCCUUUGACCGGAGGCCUCGAGCCAGGCGGAAAGCUGCUGGUUCUGUCACCCUGCGGCAUGGUCGAAGUGAACUCUAUUGAUCUCAUCGUCAAGGCGGUUUCAGUUUGUGGUUUCCCCUCAGGCCAUGCUUUGGAUUCCGAAGAAGCAAUUGCUUUCACCAAGCUUCACGACAUUCAUUGCAUGGUGGAGAAAUUCCCAUUGAAGGACGCACAGAAAGCUUUUGACCAUAUGUUAUCUGGCGAGGUCAGAUUCCGAAGUGUCUUGGUCAUGAAUUAG